UUGAUUGAAUCAACACGGUGUAUGUUUUACGAUACUUCUCAUUUAUCGUUCUCUCUUUCAAAGCAAUUGCUUGCAUGAACAUUAUACCUCAUCUAACCUACUCGUACACGGACGCAUACGUCUUUUUUAAAGUUUGAUUUGUCUGCAACACUCAUCUAGCUGUCCUUUGCAAGCAAGCAUCCUCUCCAUUCCACAAUGGAUUUGGUCUGGAGCCUGUUCUUCGUUGGGAGUCUUUGCGCUUGGUUUGCAUCUGCUGAAAGGCACAGUGUAUAUUGGAAUAGCACAAACCCCAAGUUCCUAUGGGACGACUAUGCGGUGGAGGUUCGGUUGAACGACUACCUCGACAUUGUGUGCCCACACUACCCACUGGGUGAGGUGGCAUCGCAGGACGCUGAGCGCUACGUUCUCUACAUGGUGGAGCAGGCGGACUACAAAGAUUGCAAGCCUCAGUCGUAUGACCAGAUGCGCUGGGAGUGCGGCCACCCCUUCGCCCCGCAUGGAGCCGAGAAGUUCUCAGAGAAGUUCCAGCGUUUCACCCCCUUUACCCUCGGCAAGGAGUUCCGCCAGGGAGAGAGCUAUUAUUACAUCUCCAAACCUCUGCAUCACCACGGACAGGAGUGCCUCAGACUCAGGGUGGACGUUGUAGCUGCUGACGGUUCUCAAGAGGCCCGGGUUGCAACCGGAGGAGCAGCUCCAGCACCUGGAGCAGGGGGCGGAGCCCACAACCCUUCCAACAGACUGCCUGCAGAUGACCCAGUGGUAAUCCUGCCAGAUGUCCAGAAAAGCGUGCGGACAAAUUCAGCAUCUUCAGCCUCAUAUUCCAUCCUCUCCUUGAUUCUCCCAGUCUUAUUGUUAAUGUUGUUACAGUGAGACUGUGAAAGAACUACAGAUCCCAUAAUUUUCAGGGACUACAAUGAAGGUGGCCUGUGAAAGAACAA